AUGGGUGCCUACAGCGCAGAAUCACAGGCACAUUGGCCGGCACCAAGAAACUUCAAGAAGGCAACAACCGGCGAGGAAAAAGCAGCGGACGUCGCAGCAACAGCUCGAACGGCUCAUCCUUCACCAGACACCGAGAGAUUCUCUUCAUGGAAGAGGCUUUGGCGAGCCACAGCGAGAGAACUGCAGUUCUUACAACUCUACAAAAAAAGGGAGAAGGUCAACGUCUGCAAAAGCGAUCUCACCUGGAAAAUAACACAUAGGAAAGGAACGAAGACUAUAGAGAAGCAACGCAGAUCUUCCAAAAUAACAGAAUGGAAAUAUAUACCACUGGACAACGAACUACUUGAACAAGCUGAAACUCUUUUGCUGAAAAGAAGCCAAGACAACAGUUUCAGAGAAGAUAUCAAGCGCCUUCAGCAAGGAAAGCAAUUAGAGGGCAGCAGUAAAUUGAAAAGGCUCGACGUAGUACUAGAAGAAGGUCUCCUGCGGCUAAAAGGAAGAAUCGACGCGAUACAGGGUGUGACCAGGGACUACAAACGACCCAUCGUGCUCGACAGCAAGGACAAGACAACACAACUCAUCAUAGAAGAAUUCCACUGCUGCUUCAAUCAUGGAAAUCACGCAACGAAGGCAACAACCGGCGAGGAAAAAGCAGCGGACGUCGCAGCAACAGCUCGAACGGCUCAUCCUUCACCAGACACCGAGAGAUUCUCUUCAUGGAAGAGGCUUUGGCGAGCCACAGCGAGAGUACUGCAGUUCUUACAACUCUACAGAAAAAGGGAGAAGGUCAACGUCUGCAAAAACGAUCUCACCUGGAAAAUAACACAAAGGAAAGGAACGAAGACUAUAGAGAAGCAACGCAGAUCUUCCGAAACAACAGAAAGGAAAUAUAUACCACUGGACAACGAACUACUUGAACAAGCUGAAACUCUUUUGCUGAAAAGAAGCCAAGACAACAGUUUUAGAGAAGAUAUCAAGCGCCUUCAGCAUGGAAAGCAAUUACAGGGCAGCAGUAAAUUUAAAAGGCUCGACGUAGUACUAGAAGAAGGUCUCCUGCGGCUAAAAGGAAGAAUCGACGCGAUACAGGGUGUGACCAGGGACUACAAACGACCCAUCGUGCUCGACAGCAAGGACAAGACAACACAACUCAUCAUAGAAGAAUUCCACUGCCGCUUCAAUCAUGGAAAUCACGCAACGAUACAUGAUGACUGCGGAGAAUUGCACGGCAUAAGUCAACAAACCAUGUCUCGCCUCUGUAAACGAGUUGGUCGUGCAUUAGCCAGUAAGAGCUCCAAAUUUAUAAAAUUGUCCACUACACUUGCUGAACAGAAUUGUGUACAAAGAGAGUUUGCUGGUGUUUGUGGGUUUUCUCAUGUAAUAGAAGCUAUUGACUGCACCCAUGUAAAAAUAAGAAAAGUAGGUGGUGAAACUGGUCAGUAUUUUGUAAAUAGAAAAGGCCAUUAUUCUAUCAAUACACAGAUAGUAUGUGGCCCUGACCUGACAAUCAAUGAUGAAUUGACCUGA